CAGAUAAUGCUUAUAUUAUUUUAGCAAUAUUGUGCAUUGAUAAUUAAUAUUGUAUGUGUAAAUUCACUGCAAUGCUGCAAUUGGGAGGCAACAGAAAUAGACUAAAUUGCAUGGUAGUCAACACAUUGUACUAUAAGGUGUAACUAAGCUCAAGGAGUAGGGUAUAUACAUCUCCACUUUAAUUUACUGGUCAUUGUUUUCUUUGCAUUACAGGAUCUUUGUGGCGGCAAGUUUAUCCCUUGUUUUCCUGUCCAACCCCGCUGAUUUUGCCCGAUUCUGCCCUACCGCUGAUUUCUGUUGAGAGAAUUCCCUUCUUGCAAAGUAGAGGAUUUCAUCAGUUUUUGUGUGCAAAACUCCAGGCUCUAAAGAUUGUUGAAAGAUGUCGACACCAGCAAAGCUGCGAGUAAUCUUGGGAGAAAACAACUCACACAAAUUGAUUUUCCCAGAUGGCAUUCCAGGAUCUGUCAGUGAACUUACAGAGAAUAUAAAAAAACAAUGUGGAAUACAAGGAAGUUUCAGACUUCAAUAUAUGGAUGUUGACUUUGGCAAUGAGUUCACCAACUUGGAAUCAAUGUCAGAUGUCAUGGAUAAAGGUACUCUUAGAGUAAUCUUGGAUGCAGAAACGCCUCGCCUAUCUGAUGGAUCUCCACCACCUUCGUACUCGGCGGCUGCAGCUUCCCAGUCAACGGAUGACCGCUCUUCAUUUGCAUCUGGUAACUCAUUUGACACAGAUAUCCUGUCUUCUUCUGAAUCAACCUCUUCUCGGUCAUCCAGUUGGCCCCUUGUUUUCAGCAUUCCUAAGUUUUCUUAUGAAAGUGAACUGCAGCUUGAAAAAGCCAACACAGCUUUCAGAGAAACUGGAUCCUUGUUGAAUCCUGAUGUAAAACUUAAGUCAGCAAUCAUGGAUGGUUUGAUGGAAACUAUUGUCAAGCACAAAGUGUACCUCUCUGAUGCAGAGUUCAGUGAGGUAGCAGCAGCUCUUAUAACGGCACAUCCUUGCUUGAAAGAGCCAGGUUCCAUAAGUGGAUUUGGUGGUUGGAAGACAAGUUUAAAAUAUAAACUUGGGAACUACAGAUCAAAGCUCAGGAGACUUGGAUGUCCAGAAGUGACUGUGAAUUCUCUGAAACAGAAACCUGAUGAUCGUUGCAGUCCUGCCUAUGGUGUUAAGAAACCUAAAAAGGCUGAAGUGAAUUACUGCCCACCAUAUCCAGCCGGUGAAACAGCUGAAACUUUGGAGCAGAUAAGAGUAAAACUCCUGUCUGAAGUAAUGAUCCGAAAUAAUGAAGACAAAGUAGCUGCCAUGAUGGACAAAACGUUUGCACUAAGACGUCUUGAGGUAGUCCAAGAUGCACCCAUGGUAGCGGAUUUCAAAGCAAGGUGGCCAGGUCUCUUUAAUGUGAGGGAGGUGAAAGCAGAAUUCAAGAGGAUAACCACAGUUGAGCUGCAGUCCAAGUUCUUCUUGCAACUUGAUGCACAUUCUGAAAACUUGAUGAAAGUGUUUGCCAGAAAAGGAGGAGUCCUCGGGAAAAAGAUAAAGGCAGUGAUGCUUCCAAUGACUCGGGCUGACAGCAUUGAUGUCAAAAGAGAAUGCAUCCUCAGAGGCUUGACAGUGUACUUAAAUGAGGAUCCACAAAAAUUUGUGAAGGACUACACGACUGAUGAUCAGUGUAUCGAAAGAGACCUGGCAGAAACGGUCUUUGGGAUCUAUGUGAUUCGACACAAUGGUGCAGACCCUGAUGACGAUCCUGAGGACAUUGGAAUCGUUUUGGAGGGGGUAGAGGUACUGAGUGGUUUGAGAAGUGUCCCAUUCGCAAUGGCAAUGUUUCUCGGACUUGUGUAUUCUCUGAACAUUAGUUACCCUCCAGAAUUAAAAUAUACAUUUGAAGCUGUGCAGAAAAUCAUAAUGGAGAUGGAAGGAAACAAGCUGUCAGCCAAAGUGCAAACUCUCAAAACACUGCUGGCACGUUCAUCAUUCUAAAAACGACAUUUUAGUGGCUGCCCAUACUAUUUCUUACUUACAAAGAUUGUUAGUUUCAUUUGCACUUUAAAGCAGUUUGUAAGAUGUAUUUGAUGUCUUAACUUUAUAACAAUUUUGAAAGCAAAAAGCUUUUAGUGGGCUGAGGAGAUUUAAGAGAAAUAUGGGAACAACAAUGUGACAUACUGAAGAUUGGAUAUCCAAGGACACCUUUUCUUUAUAUUUCAGGAGUUAAAAUAUAUGUUUGAAGCUGUUCAGGAUCUGCAAGGAAACGGGUGGUCAGCCAAACUUUCAAAACACAGCUGGUGUGGACAUUACUUAAAAAAAGGGAGAGCACACAAUUCACAGGCUGCCCAACUUACUGUUAUUUGUCUAUGAAUGUUAAAGAUUCAUGUUGCACUUUUAAAAGUCUGGAUUUUGGAAAAUUGUUGUCUUGCCAGUUUGUAAAAUAUUUCAAAUCAUCUUUUUCAACUUUUUUACACUUUUAUGUCAGUCAAAAGCUUUUAGCGUGCCAAGUAUAUUUGAAAAAAAGAAAUAUGUGAAGACUGGAUAUAAACACACUGUCUUUAUUUCCAGAAUUAAAAUAGAUAUCUGAAGCUGUUCAGAAAAUCAUUUUGUAUCUGCAAGGAAACGAGUGGUCAAAACACAGCUGGUGUGGACAUUACUUAAAAAAAAAAAAAAAGGGGGAGAGCACACAAUUCACAGGCUGACCUACUUACUGAUCUGUAUUUAUGAAUGCUAAAGUUUCAUGUUGCACUUAAAAGCGGUAGCUAAGUCUGGAUUUGGGAGAAUUCUAGCCUCAUCAGUUUAUUAAAGAUUUCAUAUUACAUUUUUCAACUUUUUCACUGUUUCAUCACGUCAGUCAAAAGCUUUUAGUGUGCCAAGCAGAUUUAAAAGAAAUAUGUGAACAGCAAUGUAAAAAACUGAAGACUGCAUAUAUCUUGUUGCAUCUUUUUCCUCGUUCUGUGAACUGUAAGGAGCGAUGACAUAUUGAGUAAAGUUGCACUUUAGUAUUUUUUUUUUUUUUUACUCAUAAAAACACAUGGUUUUCAUUUUUUUUUUUUUUUUUUGUAUUUAGUUGUAUCCACUUAGAUCUAUGUAAAUGUGCUGUAAGAAUGUUGACCUCCUUGGCAGGAGAACCAUUAAGGGUAUUGUUUUUUGUUUCAUUAUAACCUUAGUUAACCUCAUUUUGUCUUUCAUAAAGUAAGCACUACAAAUUCAUGUUUUUAGAAACUGUGUGCUGUUGUUUUAUGUUUUAUUAAUGUAAUUACUGAGUUUUGGUAAACCAUUGUCAACAUGUAAGACUAAACGGUCUUUACACAAAUAAGAGUUUGAUUGAAAGCAAAUAAGCUGUGUUUUUAUUCCAACUUUUGGCACCACACAUAAGAAGUAAAUAGUACAUGGACAGUGCUUUUAUCCAAAGCACUUUAAUACGCGUCAGAUUCAGCCAUUCACACCAGGGCUGAACGAUAUGGACAAAAUAUUCAUUCCAGAUGUCUCCAUAUCGAUACAAUAUAAAUAUGGGUUGGUGGAAAGCAAGCAUUUUUCAGAAAAUAUAAACGUAACACAGAAGAACAUUGAAAGUGCAUUUUAUUUGUGACUUCCAGAG